AUGUCUGCCAAGCCACAGUUGGGACGGGAUUCGACUAUGGUCGUCACCGCAAAGGUUGGUAAAGAAUUUCUUGGUGAUGAAAAGCUUGGUGACACUCGUCUCAAUACGCAGGCUAAGAAAGCUGCCAGAAAAGCCACUAUGCGCAAGGGCCAAUCUAUCAAGCGCACCAUUGAAGAAGCCAAACUACUACUUGGUAACAGCGGCCUAGCUGACGUGAACUCUGCCCGUCAGUUGCGUAAACAUCCAGCUCCCGUUGUCGUCUCAAAACCUCGACGAACUCACAAAAAGGGAGGUGGACGUCCGAAGAAGACAGCUUCGAAAUCGGAGACUUCAGCACCUGCCGCCGAUGUCAAUAAUGCCGAUGACGCCAACGCUUCGUCUUGA